GUGAGCGGAGCGUGGGGGGCGUGGCCUGGCGCUCUGACGUGUAACAAUGGAUCCCGUGCUAUACAUUAUAGCUGCUGUACUUCUCGCUGUACUGCUGAUCUUCGCUGCCAAGAUCCGGGGGCAGACGGAGCAAGCUGACCGGGAGCACCAGCAGAAUGUGGCGGUGGCGGCGGCGCCCAGACCGCGUAUCCAGCCGGAGGAGCGGGGCGAUGGGAUGCCGCGAAGAAGGAUGAACAGGGGCAUGAUGGCCCAGAGGCAAGCCCGCCGUAUGGAGGAGGAGAGAGAAGCUGUGGUGGAGGAGGAGCAGGAUGAAGAUUCCCAGGAAACCCAGGCUCUUGGCAAGAUUGGCGCUAAGAAACAGAAGAAGUUGGAAGAGAAGCAAGCUAGAAAAGCCCAACGAGAGGCUGAGGAAGCUGAGCGUCAGGAAAGGAAGAAAGUGGAGGUGAAGCGUGAAGAAGAGAGGCGCAAAGAUGAUGAACGGCUCAGGAUGGAAGAAGAGAAAGAGGAAGAAGAGAAGAAGAAAGCCAAGGAAGAGCAGGAGAAGCGGGACUAUGAGGAGUACCUGAAGCUCAAGGAGAGCUUUGUGGUGGAGGAGGAAGGGGUGGAGGAGACCAUGGACGAGGACCAGACACGUAGUUUCCUUACAGAGUUUAUCGACUACAUUAAGGCUUCAAAAGUGGUCAUUCUGGAAGAACUGGGGGCUCAUUUUGGUCUACGAGCUCAGGAUGCCAUCAGCAGAAUACAAGAUCUAUUGGCCGACGGCUCUAUCACAGGUGUGAUCGACGACAGAGGAAAGUUUAUCUACAUCACGUCAGAGGAGAUGUCGGCCGUCGCCCAGUUCAUCCGCCAGAGAGGACGCGUCUCCAUCUCCGAGCUGGCCCAGGCCACCAACAAGCUCAUCAACCUGAACCCCGAGAUCAACCCCGUCCCCCUCCAAGUAUCAUAAUCUCUACAAAUGUAUUUUUUUCUAAAGACUCUAUUUUGGUAAACGCCAACUAAUAGGCGAUGUGCAGCCGUCCAGCUGCCAGGGAACUAGAAGUCCCAGUGCAGUGCACAAGGGGACUUGUAGUUCCCUGGCAGCUUAAUGG